AUGAAAUUAUUUUUGUUAAAAGAACUGAAAACAAAGGUAAUAAAAGUUACUGAUAAUACAAAAAAAAAAGAGGUAUUACCACUUAGAAAAAUUAAAACUGAUUAUUAUUCAUUAUACAGAAAGGGAUAUACGCAUAUGUGUGAAAAUAGUUUAAGUUACAUUUCCAUAAACAUACAAAAAAGGAAAAAUAAUAUUUAUAAAAUGAGCAGUUGUUUUAUUAAUUCUUCUGUUUCUCAAAAAUUUGUAAAAAAUAAUGACUUCAGCAAUGGUUCAAUUUAUUUUAAUAUAAAUAACUCAUUAUUUUUUUUAAAGAAUUUUGCAUUAAUAAUAGAUGUUUACUUAGAAAAAAAAGUGUUACAGUUUAGUAGUAUACCUAAUUUUGAUAUAAUCUUAUUUUAUCAAAAAAUAAUUCAAAAGAUGAAUAAAAGAAAAAAAAGAAACAAAGAUACAAAAAUUGAUAAAAUUUUCUAUAUUACUUAUAACAAUAAUUUGAAGAAAAAUUUCUCAAGUAAUAUACUUUAUGUUUUAAAUAAAAAAAAUUUCGAUGAAAUUUUAUAUCUAUUAAUUAAAAUUUUAUAUGAAUAUUUACCAAAAAAUCUUUCUAUACUUUAUAGCAAUACAUAUUAUUACGAAGAUUUAAUUUAUAUUUUUACAUACAAAAGUGUAUAUUAUUCCUUUUUCUUUUGUUCAAGAAAUUUUUAUUAUCUUAAUUUGUUUUUGAACAUAGCUUUAAGAAGAGCAAAUGUUAUUUCUGUUGUAAAUGAUAAUAAAAUAAAUACGCAAAUGAAACUGAAGCCACUUCAUAAUAUUUUAUACAAUGAAAAAAAAGGUCAAAAUCACUUUAAAUUUCAAGGUUCUAUUAAUUAUUCAGAAAACGAUAAUAAAAAAAAUAAGAAAAAUUAUAUUAAUAAUGAAAUAAGUUAUUAUUUAUUAAAAAAAAAAUUAAUUUAUUUAAACCUAGACUCAAAAAUUCUUUUUGAAUUUUCUAAAACGUUAAAAGCAAUUAUUAAUAUUUUUCCAUUAAAAAUUAUAAAUAAAGCAAAUAAAGAAGAUAAACUAAUGAAUGAAAUUUACAUAAUUUUGGAUAAAUAUAUAGAGAUGUUCAAGCUUUGUACUUAUAAUAUAUUUCUUAAUAGUAUUUAUAAUAGGAAUGAUUCUCUUCGCUAUAGAUUAUUAAGAAAUGAUAUAAAAAAUGAAGAUAAACACAAAAAAAAAAAUAUAUAUUUAAGUAAUUUUUAUAAUUGCAUAUAUAAUUUUAAUAACUAUUUUUGUCGUAAAAUACUUAUGGGAAUGUAUUUUAAUAGUCAUGAAAACAAAAACAAUGAAAUAAAAUGGAUUAAUGUCUAUCCUUAUAUACUUUCAACCUUUUUAUACAUAAAAGAAAAAGAAAAUUUGUCUUAUAUUAAAAAGGAAAAAUUAGCGUUCUUUAAUUCAUAUAAAAAUAAAGAAAUGGAGUUAUACUUUAAAGAUUUAAUUAAACUUUUUCUUUUUAUAAUUUUAAAUAAAUCAAAUAAUUGUAUAAAUAAUAUCCUUAUUUAUUGUAUAAUAUCUUCUUUUUAUUUUUUAACCAUUUUUUCUAGAAUUAAUCUUAACAUCAUAUUAGAUAUUACAAAUAUCCUUUUUAAAUACAUUUAUAAUAAAAAUAAUAAAUUAAAUAACAUUGAAUGCUUUCAAAAUUCUUAUAUAAUAAAUUUAUCAAAAAAAAUAAUAUACAGUAAUAUAAUUUCAUUUGAAAAGGAGAAAUUUUAUAUUCAAGUAAAUAAUGAAAAAUUAAUAGAUUACUUAAAUACAUUGUAUUUUAUAAGUGAAUCCAAAUUAAUUAAAGAUAAUUUAUUCCUGUUAAUGCUGAAUCAUAAUAAAACAAAAGAUAUUCAUAGAUAUAAUAAAAUAAUGGUACCAUAUAAAGAUUUUUUUAAUGAGGAAUUAUAUUUUGAAAAUAAUGAAAAAAAUAACAUUAAAUUUAGAAAAUAUGAUAAGGAUAAGAAUUACGAAUAUUUUAUGAACAAUUAUUUUAAAGAAAAUUAUAACCUUGAAUAUAAGGACGAUAAUAAUAAUAAUAAUAUUAAUAAUUUAAUAAAUAUGAUAAAAUAUAACAAACAGCCACAUGAAAUAUUUCUCAAAAAGUUUAUUAAAAAUACAUUUAUAUCAUAUAAUCAUAUUGAUAGUUUCACAUAUAAAAAUUUUAUUGACAUUUCUCAAAUAAUCAAGAAUUUAUAUCACCUUAAUUUAUAUUUGUUUAUGUUAAUUUUUAUCGAAUAUGUAAAAUAUAAAAUAAUCAAAGAUAUAAGUAUUAUUUAUUGUAAUUUUCAGAUAAAUUAUUUGAAUAAUUUCAGUGCUAAACUAUCUGAUCUUUAUAGAAAUAAUGCAAGAAAUAUAAAAAUUUUAAAUUUAUUUAUUAAAAAAGAGAAGUUCAGAGAUAAAUUAAAAUUUAAUGAAUUGAAGCAUUUUUCUAGUAAUGAACAUAAAAUUUCUUAUAACAUAUAUUCACAUUUUUCCUUUUUAUGUGUAUUUUUGCAAAAUACAAAGUCAUAUAUACGUACUUCUUCACUAGAAUUUUUCAAUUUUAUCAUAUCCAAUUUUUUUGUAAAUAAAAAAAAAAUGAUCAAUUUAUGUAUAUGGAGAAUAGAAGAAAUAGAAAAGAAAGAACAAAUUUAUAUUCAGUUAUUUUUAAAAAAUAUAGUACAACUAAUAUAUUGUUUCCUCUAUUUUAACACAUAUGACAAAUAUAUUUAUCAUUAUUUUUAUCUUUUUCUAAAAUUACAAUUUUUUAAAAAUAUAAAAGAUAAUGAAGAAUUUUUUAAUAAUUCUAAAGCAUAUAUAAAUAUGCAUUUAAAUAAAAAAAUUUUUUUAUUUCCUUAUAUAUUUUUUAAUAGUUGUCACACUUUUUUUAAUAUCACUUUAUCUGUUAAUAAAAAAAAAAAAAUCAUCAACAGAGAAAAUAAUUAUAUCUACAGUUUAAGCAAAAAAAAAAGGGAAGAAUUUGAAAAAAUUGAAAAUACAAAUAUAUUUCAAAAAAAUGAAUAUUUAAAUAAUGAAAAAAUAGGAAUGCUUUUUUAUAUGCAAUUUUCCUAUUUAUUGCUACCAUCUUUAUUUCAUAAAAUAUUUGAAAAUCAUUUUGAAUUAUAUAUUUUAAAUGCUACAUAUCUGUUUAGUAUUCUAAUUAAUUCCGACUUUUACAUAAAUUCUCAAAUUUUAUACAAGCAAAUAUAUAUAGGCUUGACAUGUUUAUAUUUUUUUUAUGCAGAUGUAAAACAAAAAGUAUACGAAAAUAAUGAAGAAUUAAAUUUUCCUUUUUUUCAGAAAAUAAACGUAGUUUAUCUUAAAAAAAUAAUGCAUCUAUUAUUAUACGAGUACAAUGAUAAGGAAGUGAGUAAAUUUUAUACGAAAUCUUCCAAAUUAGAGAAUGAAAUAUAUUGCUUUUUAGAAAAUUACUCAUUAAAAAUAAGAAGGAAUGUAAAAAUUCACGCUUAUUUGCUAGACUUUGUUUUAUAUAAUAAAUGA